CUUCCCUUCAAGGCGAUGGUGCUGUGCCUCGCCCUUCUCUCAGCCGCGCGAGUAAAUUAAUUAUUGUUCUUUUAGUUUUCCCCUUCUUUUUCUUUCUCAUCUUCAUGCCUUUUUUUUCCUGUUAUGGACUUCAAGUGUUGACGAAAUGCAUCGCAAGGUUUUUGUUCUGAGUGUCCCGCUCGUCUCCUUCUUGUUAGUCACAGCGAGCUUGUAUCUUGGUCGAGAUCAUAUAACCAGAUUAUCUGAGGCAUACCUACCGCUUCAUGCGCCCUCCUCCCUUAAGACCACGUCUACGGAAACAAUAUCUUUACCUUUGAGUACGACGUCAGUUCUGGAUGACUCGCCUGUUAUUGAGGAACCUCCUUCAUAUUCGACACUUGACACUUACACCACAAGUACAAUCGAGGUACAUACUACACCAACGAUCUCCUCUACAACUUCAGCAGCACCGUCACCAACAAUUACGAAAUCUGCCAUCCCAAUCGCAAAUGGCUCCGUUCUCUCUACCGAGCGCAUUACACCUUACAUCCACGCAAUCCUCGAUCCUACUUCAAAAGAGCGCCCUCGUCUUCAAUGCCCUCCCUUGGACACCAAGCGAUACAAGGACCUUCAAAAGAAGAAGGACGCUCGCGGAGGCAAAAUCGACGAGCAUCCAAUUGACUUCUUCUUUGCCCUUAAUUUGCGCAAUGUCGUAGGCCUUCUUCCUCGCCUCAUGGGCAGCAUUGUGGAGGCCAUUCAAUUCCUUGGACCUGAACGAUGCGCCCUCUCAAUCGUCGAAGGCAAUUCUCCCGAUGGAACUGCCGACGUUCUUGUCGCCUUGCGCCCAUUCCUCGAAGAGCUUGGAAUUACUUACUUUUACAACAACUCUGCGAUUAACCCGUCCAAGGGUCCUCGCAUUCGCAAGUUGGCCCAAUUGCGAAACUUGGCCUUGGAGCCGCUGUUUAAGAAGAAGGUUCCCGCUGCCGAUGACACUACUGUCCUCUUCAUCAACGAUGUAGCUGCUUGUCCGGAUGAUCUACUUGAACUUGCGCUUCAGCGUCGUAAGCUGAAUGCCGAUAUGACCUGCGCUAUGGACUUUACCUACGCUGGUCCUGAUCCCACAUUCUACGACGUAUGGGUCGCCCGAACACUAGCGGGAGACACAUUCUUCCCCAUCCCCGAAGACGGAUCAUGGGACAAUGCCUGGGACUUAUUCAGAGGAAACCGAGAAGCACGAAUGCGAUACGACGCCCAUCUUCCUUUCCAAGUCUUCGCCUGCUGGAACGGCGCAACAGCCUUCUCAGCCGCUCCAAUCCUCAGCGGCCUACGGUUCCGCGAUCCCAAAAAGGACGAAUGCUUCCAAGGCGAGCCGCAAUUGUUCUGCAAAGACCUGUGGCACAGGGGCUACCGAAAGAUCGCAGUCGUACCCAGCAUUAGCUUGGAGUACACAGAUGCGAGAGGCAAGGAUAUCAAGAAGUUGAAGGGCUUUACGAAUGAGGUUAUACAGCAUAUGGAGGAGGAUAAAGCCCAUAUUGAGUGGCAGUACGAGCCGCCGGAGAAGGUCAAGUGCAUGCCUUCUUUUGAUCGCCAGACGUGGCUACCGUGGGAUGAGUCAUUGAAACGAUAGAUGUUUUACGGUUGUUUUCUUUUGUUUUUUUUCUGCAAUUGGGUUAUACCAGCAUUGUUAGACUUGGGUGGUGUUGAUGGAGUUCAUUCAUGGCUGUCUAUUCUCUGUACCAAAGAAUCAUAAACUUCACGAUGAAAUCAUCAUACGUUUCCGAGCAUCAAGAUAAUGGCUUGAAGGCCGUUAAUGGCUAGUUCAUGGAUGACGAUUGUCAUGUGCAGAAUGGUUACAUCGAGUCGGAAGUGGCAUGUCCACCGUCUCAGUUCAACGUUAACUCAGAUCGCCAAGGGCACGCUAGUUCGCUGCAAGUCACUGGGCAGUGCUCAGCCCUAGCGACUAAUUAUAGGCCAUCGUAAAGUCAAUGCGAAGCCACAUCGAACACGGACAUGGCCGUUGCGAUGGCUGCUUACUGGUCAUGGGGCACCUGAAAGGCGAAAGCGCCUGGUAUGAACAUUCACUCGGGCCAUUAAGAUUUCUACUUUUAUGUUGAGCAAUUAAGUACAGCAACACUGUUGACAAUAUCUAAUUCAUCUAGUGUCUUACGUCGUAAUCUAUCUGAUGCGUUCUGAAGUUAUUCGAGGGUAUGAGCUAGCGGUAGAGCUCCCAGUGCCAACAAGCAAGAUAACAUAAAUACCCCCAUCCAGAAAUCCAUUCUCAUACACAAAUCCGUAUGUUCGUCAUUCAUCUCUCAGUCUCACAUUCCCUUUCCCUGAAUACGCUCCGCAGCAAUACCAUAGGCAGAGAGGGUGUCGCCAACCUCACAUGGAUCCUCUCCGAACUCAACCUUCUCAAAUCCUUGUGGGCGAUCCUUUUCCAAGGCCAUCUUGCCCAUUUGCGCCUGGCAUCGGAAGCUUCCAAAUCGAUAUUCGACCACAGACCGACCGCCCUUUGAAGCGUCACCCUGAACAAUGAGCUCGGUGAUCUCAUCGACCUCAAAGACGAAGCGUUCCUCGAAGAACUCUGUGAGGCAGCUGGGGUUAACAAAGGUGCUUUUCCCAGUGAUGAUGAGAACACGCGAUGCAGGUCCCAUAAUGGCUUGUUCCCCAUACUUGACGCGGUUGUGAGUGACUCGCACAGGGAAGCCGCGAACACUAAGACCCUGUGUAAGAGACUUGGAGAGGAGAAGCUGAGCAGGGCCGGGAGUGAAGAAGACGACCUUUGCAGCUGCGGUUUCGUGGCGCUGCCAGUCGGGCUCGUUAAUGACAGAGCACCAGAUGCGUCCGACGUUGCGGAUCUGUCCAAGCAGUUCAUGAUGAGUAACAUCAGGUGGGAGAUUGGUCAACCAAAGGGCGCAGUUCUGCUCUGGGGUGAGACUCAGUGCGCUUGCAUUUCGGGUGUUAUGUUCUCCUUUGUAGUUGUCGGAGAAGAUAGACUCGCGCGCUUCAUCUUCGCGGGUCGUGUGGCUGGGAGGGCGAGUAAUAGCAGCCAUGGGCCUGAAGCCACGGGCAUUUUGUUGAUGAGCAGCCAAACUCAACUUUUGACGAUGGUCGUCUUGGUUCUGGAGGUAAGGUCCCUUCUUCAGAGCGUCCUCGAGCCAGGAGGGGAGAACAGGACGCUGAGCCUCUUGGAUGGGAGCAGGGGGUGUCCGAGCAGGGGGGAGAGUUAUUGGGGAAGCCAUGCUUUGGUGCUCGUUGAUUCCGAGUUGGCUGAAGUGCCCCCUGAGGCCUUCCCAUAAGGCUGGAGACGGAGCCAAGGCCCCAGGAAACAGGCUUCUGGUUGAAGCAGCAUGGUCGGGAGGAGGAACAGCAGGCUGGCGGAUAGGAUUGGCUGGUGUAGCUAGCCCAGCCACAUUCGAGUUGAAGGGCAUAGGCUUUUGAGGCGUGAAAUUGCAAGGCUCAUGGUUACGCAUAUACAUAGAGAUUGGGCCGAUUCGGAACUGAGGAGCUCGAUAAGCGGGAGUUUCCUCAAUGACAGCGUUCAGAUUGGCCUGGGGAAGAGGGCCUCGAUCCCUGUGGAGACUAGGUGAUUCACCAGCAGCCUGUGAGAACGGCAUGUGGGAUUUGUUCUUGAGUUCGGAACCUGUGCUGAUAGUGCUAGGCCUUGUGAAUGGGCUGCUCAGCUGAUAAGGCGGAGGAGUAACGUCGAGAUCAGGGCUGCUGGAGCUCUCACGAGUGGUUGGAGUGGGAGGCGUUUCCAUCUUGAAGAAUAGUCAAGAUAGAACUGGUGGUGACGUUGAUUUGAAGAUGAAUAAUUCUGAUGUGCUGGAUAAGUGUCGAUAGAGUAGGGUACAGUAGAGGAGAGUUGAGUGAGAUGAUGAUAAUCAAGAUUCGAAAGCCAGUAGAAGCGAAGAACAAUUUAUAGUCUAC